UCGUUCGUUAUUCCAAGUGGACCAUACGGUAGCUCAAAUCGACGAAUUGAACGGGACAGGUCGCCGAGAGCAAAUGGCUCAGCUUCCUUCAGCGCUCGACGAGUCCGCUCUCGCAGUUCGAGCGUGAAAAAGUCUCAUCUCUCACGUGACAGUCGGCCUGCUCGAUCCAGACGAUCGCCAACCAGUCGCUCUCGUUCCUCCACCAGUCCAAAGGGCGAGUCCCAACGGAGACGAAUGGAUCUCGGUUCGAAGCCCACGCGUUAUGCACGCCCGCGUUCGCGAACACGAUCACCUGAACGUCGAGCUAUCUCUCCACCGCUCGGCCGUUCUCGCGAUCGGCCACAUCGUUAA